AUGGGCAGGGGUCUGUCUGUCACUUCCUUUGCUGGGGGGUGGGGGGCACAGCAGGUAGGGGUGCGGGGCGAAGGGUUUGGGAGACGCGGGACCCGGAGUCUGCUCCGGGUCUACAGAAGCCUAGGGGUACCCAGGCCUAAAGGCAGGAGUGGUUGGAGGGAGAGGGGGAAGGUUCAUCCUGAAAAAGGGAGGGGGAAGAGUGCGGAGUUGUUGCCUGGCCAACGCAAAGUGGGCGGGAGCGACCUGCCCGGCCUCUCCCACAAACCAAUGAACGGCCGCGGUUCCAGGGCAGCAGAAGCCAAUUGGAAUCCGAAAAGAGGGCGGGGCGGGGCCUGGGGCCAGCGCUCGAGGGACCUGUACUACCAUAGGUCAUGUGAGCGCCCAAGAUGGCGGCGCCCAGGCGUGAGCACCGGGAGCAUCAGUGAGCGGCCGGCCGUGGUCGCGGAGCGUGGAGACGUAGGCGAGGGCUACAGGAUGGCAACUCAUACAUUUAUUCAGUCAGAUUCUUCUCCAGAAGAAAUACAAGUCAGAAGAUUAAGAACUACUGACCUUGUGAAAAAAAAUUUGUGGCGUCUCUCCAAAAAAGAACAGAUCACAUAUACUUAUGGACCACUGUAUAUGGGGACAACUUCAUCUUUAUGUGGAUUCUUGGCAAACUACCUUUUCAGGAAUUGUAUGAAGGUUAAACAGCAUCCUUUUAAAACAUUUGUGCCAUUGUCUGCAAUUCCAUUUUUGACCACUGCAGUAACUUAUAAGUUCCUUGUAACAGAUCCCCUAAGUUCUGGUGAUCUAACCGCAGACAUGAGUAUUUUGAGAGGUGCCUGUGUUUCUGUGUUAUGUGGUGUCUUUCAUCCCUCUGCUUUAGCCUUUUUAAAAAAUGGGCGUCUGGCAGUCAAGUACGAAACUGUUCCAUUACCUCCAAGAGGAAGGAGUUUACUCCACUGGACUAUACUCUGUCAGUCUGCUGCAAAGCUGAUGGUUAUUCCCAUGAUCGUGCAGACUGUGUAUGGAGGACAUCUUGCUUUCAUGCAACAUAAAAUAUGUGAGAGGAUAUUUGAAAUGCUUGAACAUGACUGACUUAAAAAUUAAUCUUUUAAUGUAUAUGAUGCAGUUUGGAGCAUUUCAUGAAAGAGUUAAAUGUAAAUCAAAAGCAAGCAACAUAAUGUAUAAUACAUGAACAAAUAAAAAUUAUGUGAUGUCCUUGACUAAAAUACAGGCUCCAGGAGAGAAAGGAUUAAGAAUGAUGAUAAUAAUAGCAACAUAAAUAUGGCACUCUGAGUUUUACAAAGAGCUUGCAAAUAUUACCUCAUUUGAUCCUUAUAACAACCCCAUGAGGUAGGGGCUAUUUUUAUCCCCGUUUUACAGAUG